AUGAAGAUCCACUAUAAGAACUCAUCGGCCACCUCAAGUGCCUGUCAGGUAUUUGCUCUCACCAUCAGCAUCAAGAAAACGGUGGUAUUAGGACAGGGGGUUCCACAAGAUCCUUCAAUUACCAUAAAUGCAAACCAGCUAGAAGUUGUCCAAACGUUCAGCUAUUUGGAUUCUACAGUGACCACCAACCUCUCACUGGAUGAAGAACUAAAUGUUCGCCUUGGAAAGGCGGCCACCACCUUUAGCAGACUAACUAAAAGAGCGUUGAACAACUCAAAGCUGACCAUCAACACCAAAAUGCUGGUGUACCAAACCUGCGUCCUCAGCACUCUCAUGUAUGCCCAGGGCAAGGUGCUGGCGCCCAGCUCGGAGCCCCCGGAGCCCUGGCCCCCUGCGGCGGCCGUGACCCUGCCUGUGAGCUACCGCCUCUCCAACACCCGCCUGGCCUUCUUCCUGAAGGAGACGGGGGCGGGGCCGGGGGGGAACACCAGCGCCCCCCUGCAGCGCUCCGAGCCCUUCGUCGUCUUCCAGACCAAGGAGCUGCCCGUCCUCAACGUCUCGCUGGGUCCCUUCAGCACCGGGCUGGUCCUGCCCAAGGAGCAGCUCCAGCCCUCCAGCACCCUGGAGAUCCCCGACCGCCUCACCGUCAACUGGAAGGUGCGAGCCUUCAUCAUCCAGCCGCGGGUGCUGGCCAGCCAGCCCGUGGUCCAGGUGCUCUUCUACGUGGCGGGCCGGGACUGGGACGACUUCGACGUGACCGACCGGCUGCCCUGCGUCCGGCUGCACGCCUUCCGCGAGGCCCGGGAGAUCAAGAGCUCCUGCCGCCUGCGGGGCACCCUGGCCACCUGCCUGGUGCAGGCCGAGCUGCCCCAUGCCUGGUUCGGCCCCUCGGCCGUGCCCCUGGGCAGGAGGAAGGUGCCGGAGGCUCUGGACCUGAGCGGCGAGAGCCAGCAGGCCGAGCUGUACUACACGCUGCAUGCACCCGACGGGGCCGGGGAGUGCCCCGGAGAGACGGCCCCGCGCCGGGGGGGCAGCGCUGCCCGGACCGAGGGCCCCACGCAGCACCCCUUGCUGCGCAUUGGCAGCAUCAGCCUCUUCCAGCCCCCGCCCACCCAGCUGAUGCAGGAGCACAGGUUGGACGGCAACAUCUUCAUCCGCCUGCCGGACAAGCCCCUCAAGCCGGGCGAAGUGCUCAGCAUUCUCCUCUACCUAAUGGCCAACUCCACCGUGGAGCACUUCACGCUCAGGGUGAAGGCCAAGAAGGGCGUCAACCUCGUCAACACCAAAUCCAGGAACCUCCAGUGGCUGGUGAACUCUGAGCUGCUGACGGGCGGGAAGCACUCCACAGCCACCGUCGACGUGGCCAAGGCAGACGGCGCGCUGCCCAGGGACGGGGACUCCUCCUACGAGAUCAUGCAGCUGGACUUUGAGAUGGAGAAUUUCACCAGCCAGGCCGUGACGCGGCGCAUCAUGUGGCACAUCGACUACCGGGGCCGCAACCCGCCGCCCGACCUGGAGAAGGUGGUGACGGAGCUGACGGUCAUUCAGCGGGACAUCCGCGCCAUCGUGCCCCUGGCCAUGGACACAGAGAUCAUCAACACCGCCAUCCUGACAGGCCGGACGGUGGCCAUCCCGGUGAAGGUCAUCGCCAUAGAGAUGACCGGCGUCAUCACGGACGUCUCGGCCAUGGUUGAGUGCAAGUCCAACAACGAGGACAUCAUCAAGGUGUCCAGCAGCUGCGACUACGUGUUUGUGAGCGGGAAGGAGACGCGCGGCUCCAUGAACGCCCGGGUGACCUUCAGCUACGAGCACCUGAGCGCCCUGCUGGAGAUGACCGUGUGGGUGCCCAAGCUGCCGCUGCACAUCGAGCUGUUGGACCCCAGGCUGAGCCAAGUGAAGGGCUGGAGGGUGCCCGUCCUGCCGGACAGGAGGUCAGUGCGGGAGAGCGAGGAUGACGAGGACGAGGAUGAGCGGAAGCAGAGCCGGGGCUGCACCCUGCAGUACCAGCACUCCACCCUGCAGGUCUUCACCCAGUUCCACACCACCUCCUCGGAGGGCACCGACCAGGUCAUCACCAUGCUGGGCCCCGACUGGCUAGUGGAGGUCACCGACCUGGUCAGCGACUUCAUGAAGGUGGAUGACCCCCGGGUGGCCCAGCUGGUGGACAGCAGCACGCUGGCCGGGCGGGAGCCGGGCACCACGCUCUUCAAGGUGGUGUCCCCGCUCAUGGAGGCAGUGCUGGGGGAGACGGUGGUGACGGUGGCGGACGAGAAGGUCAGCAUCACCGAUCUGAAGGCCCAGGUGGUGUCCAGCCUGUCGCUCUCCCUCCAUCCCAGCCCCGGCAACAGCCACACCAUCGUGGCUAAGACGGCCGCCCAGCAGACCCUGAACUUCUCCAAGCAGGAAGCCCUCCUGAGCAUGUGGGUCUCAUACAGUGAUGGCACCACGGUCCCCCUCUCCCUCUACGACCCCAAAGACUAUAACCUGGUGGUGAGCAGCCUGGACGAGAAAGUAGUGUCGGUGACCCAGGACCGGGCCUUCCCAUUGGUGGUGGCGGAAGGCGAGGGGGCUGGCGACCUGCUGCGUGCCGAGCUGGUCAUCUGCGAGAGCUGCCAGAAGACCAAGCGGAAGAGCGUGCUCUUCACGGCGCUGGCCAGCGUGCGGGUGCGCUUCGGCUCCGAGGAGGACCCCACCUAUGACUAUGGGGACGCCGGCCAUGUGCCGAGCAAGCCGGGGACCUCAGGGAGGGAGGAGAGCGCGGCCAGCACCACCCUGCGGGCAGAUGUGGAAAGGAAGCCGGAGCCCAGCCAGGACAGCGGAGCUCCCAGCAUCCCCCAUACCACUGAGGACUUCCCCACCAUCCCCACGGGCUUCGUGCAGGUGCCGCGGGGGCUGACGGACCUGGAGAUCGGCAUGUACGCCCUGCUGGGUGUCUUCUGCUUGGCCAUCCUGGUCUUCCUCAUCAACUGCAUCGUCUUCGUGCUGAAGUAUAGGCACAAGCGCAUCCCGCCCGAGGGCCAGACCAACAUGGACCACUCCCACCACUGGGUCUUCUUGGGCAACGGGCAGCCCCUGAGGGUCCAGAAUGACCUCUCCCCUCCGCCCGAGAGCCCCGGCAACCCGCUGGAGAGCGUCCAGACCUGCUGCCAUGGGGACCACCACAGCAGCGGCAGCUCGCAGACCAGCGUGCAGAGCCAGGUGCACGGGCGGGGAGAUGGCUCCUCGGGGGGCUCCACCAGGGACCAGAGCGAGGACCCGCUCAACUCGCCCACCUCCAAGAGGAAGCGAGUGAAGUUCACCACCUUCGCCACGCUGCCCUCCGAGGAGCUGGCCUACAACUCCAUCCCCAUCGCUGACGAGGAGGACCUGGAGUGGGUGUGCCAGGACAUGGGGCUACAGGAUCCUGAGGCGCUCCACGACUACAUCUGCAGGAUCAAGGAGAUCGCUUAG